GUUAGCUGUUGCUACAACUUUGAGUGUCUUUUUCUGACACUACAAUAUCAAAAAAGACAACUAGCCAGCUGAUGCUUCGUUAUUAAUUGAAAACACCAAGAAAGAUAAAUUAUGGUAGCUAUAGGAACUACUACUGAAGGUGAGAUGGUGCUCGUGUUUAUGACCGGCUAGACUUCAUUGCUAACUGGUUAGCUAGCUCGUGUGAUCAUGUUACGUGUGAGUGAUAUGUAGGGUUGGGUGAAUAAACGAUCGUGGUGCUUGCGUAAAUUAAACUGAAGCCUGUUAACUAGCUAUCAACAACUGUAAUGUACAACUCAAUUUCAGUACCCAGCGUUAGGUAUCUACGUUUCAGUGUGCAUAAAGGCAGUAAAUGAGUGCGAAAAUAGCUAGCUAACUUAGGUAAGAUGAUCAGUUCGUUUGGCAGCUGUAUACAAUCGGUGUUCUUUCAAGAAGAGGUUUUCCUAGAAAAGAGAGACACUUAAAUGACCAGGUGUUGGAAGCUACAGGAAAGGAACACUGCCAUACAAUCAUUGUUAUUGUUUGUUUGCAGGGGGGAGAGGCUGCAGAGCUGAAAUACAUUUGUGCCUCAUUUCCACUGCGACCAGGGUGACAAUGACUAUGCAGCGGACCUCCUGAUCGACAGCGGUGACAAUAACGGUGGGAGCAUGUGGGCAUCCUGCUGUAACUGGUUCUGCCUGGACUCGGCCACGGUGGGAGAAAACUCCAGCACGCAGAGGCAGGCCUACGUCAACUCCGGGUACAGCAGCUUCCCCUCGCCGACCGCCUCGGAACACGUGUGCAAGGCCUGCGGAGGCCGCUUUGACAUGUUAGCCAGGAAGCAUGUCUGCACGGACUGCAAGAAGAACUUUUGCGGCAGGUGUUCUGCGCAGCUGGACCUCCGGCCACGGCUGUGCCACACGUGCCAGCGCUUCCACGGCACCCUCUUUGACCGGGCGGAGCUGAUGAAGCUGAAGGUGAAGGACCUGCGGGACUACCUGCACCUGCACGAGGUCUCCACGCAGAUGUGCCGCGAGAAGGAGGAGCUGGUGGAGCUGGUGCUGAGCCGGCAGCCUCCGAGCAGCAGCAGCAGUGAGGCGGCGUCCCAGCCUCAAGUACCCCAUCCGCACGCUCCACAAACCCCCACCCCCACCACGCCCUCUGCGCCUCCCGAGCAACCACCACCACCUGCGGAGCCUGACUCUCAGCCUCCUGCUCCCCAGGACGACCAGAGUCCGUCUGUGCCGGUACCCUCCGGUCCAGAGGAGACACCUGACACUGAGGCGGACACAGAGGGCCAGGGGGAGCAGGAGUCACAGUCCUCAGAUGUGGAGGAGACGGUGGCAUCCGGGCGCAGGGCCUCCCUGUCGGACCUGAGCGGAGUGGAGGACAUCGAGGCCCUUAGCGUGCGGCAGCUGAAGGAGAUCCUGGCCCGCAACUUCGUCAACUACAAGGGCUGCUGCGAGAAGUGGGAGCUGAUGGAGAGAGUCACCCGCCUCUACAACGAGCAGAAGGACCUCCAGAACCUGGUUUCAAAUACUGGAAAAGGCACAGACUCCACCAAUGCUCCAGGCAUGGAAGAAAACCUGUGUAAGAUUUGCAUGGACUCGCCCAUCGACUGCGUGCUGCUGGAGUGUGGCCACAUGGUCACCUGCACCAAGUGCGGCAAGCGCAUGAGCGAGUGUCCCAUCUGCAGGCAGUACGUGGUGCGAGCCGUGCACGUCUUCAGAUCCUGACGUGUGUGUGUGUGUUCGUGCAUGAGAGCGUGAGCGUGAGUGCACGCCUACAUUGAGGCCUAAACUGUGACGCAUUGCAUUGCAGAGACCCCUCUCCAAGCCACAUACUCUGUCCCUGGGCAUCAGGGCAACAAACUAUAACAGAACUGCUACAUACCAACUUCCAGCCUUGUGGUGGAGGUACAGUGGUGGUUCUACUGACAUCACUGGGAAUUGGGUCAUUUAUUCUGCACUAAACCCACAACUCAAUGCCUAUAUAGCCUACUGGCUCAAAUUUCUAAGCACCAGGUCAUGACUCGCUGAGGACUAGCUCACGUUGAGCACUUUCCAUAUGCAAAUUGGGAAUUACUAUUUAAAUAUGACAAUAAUGUUGUUGUUCCUAGGCUGAAGUAUUGAAGUGAGAAUUUGCUUUUUGACAAUGACACAGCCAUUGCCUGAUGGCUUUGCUCUGAGGCUAAAUGGUGAGCAGAGAGCAUACGAAAACUCUGUGUGUCACCACCAUUGUUUUCCUGAAACUGAUGAAUGAGGGCAUCAGUGACAGGGCUGAUUGGGUCAGAUUCUGGGUCACAGCGGUACUUCAUAAAGCUACAUCCAUACAUGUUAACUCUGCUUAUAUACAGAAAGCACACACUGUUUUGCAUGGGUGUGUUUGGGGGCCAGUGGUUGGGGGAGGGGCAGGGUCACAGGAAGAGCAUGGAGGUCACCAGAGAAGAAGGAAUGUGCCUGUCAGUACUAAAGCCGAAGACCGCUCCCACCUCCGUGCCCUUCGAUGUCUGGUUGUGCCAGUGGUUCCUCAGACAUGGUCUGAGUGAGUCAAAUGGUCUGAGGUUGGGCUGGCUGUAGAGCUGAUCGCUCAAAGCUAACCACCCUGUCCAUGAAUGCUGCAUAGCAGGGACUCCACAAACAAUUCUCCUACCAAGGCUGAGCGCCACCCAGGAGGAACAGUUUGCUUUGUCAUGGGGCAGCAGUUGCUGCAUCUUUUCUUCUAAACUGUGAACUGGAAUUAAAGUCACCUGGUUGAAUACCUGUCAAAGUAGGCACUGAAGAGCUAUACCGAGGUCCCAGACUGCCAAACAUAAAGAGUAAUUAGCCAGGGUUAACAUGAUGUGCUUUACUGAACCCUCAGUCAGAAUGGUACUUGGUACUUUAGAUGGUACUUUAUAAAGUAACAAUUUCGGCAUUUGACUGGAAUAAUAUUUACCGUUGUUUACUUAUUACUAAAUUCAGACAUCAAAACAACCACAGGAUAGCACCUCUGUCUUACCUCAGUUAAGUUACGGGACCUAUCUAACUUGAAACAUCAUUAGAGAUUUAAAGGUUGCUGUUUUCCAUCUGUGUUCAAUAAAUUGGUAUUUGGAAGAAAAUGAAUUGUUUAUUCUACUGAUGAAUAAACUGAUGUCCCGUUCAUGUGGUGAGUAUGUAUUUGUAAUAGAAAUGCAUUGCUCUGUCUGGAUUGGUAGCAAUGACUGCCUCCUCUGGGUUAAGUUGUUCACUGCAGGAUUUUACCCCAGUUGCCUUUAUAGCACCUGUUCUGGGCAAAUCACCUGUGCUUAUAUGUGGGUUUGUUUUUAAAUAAAAAAUAUGUAAGAUGACCUCUUAAACCUGAGAUGCUAAAAUUAUGAAUCUGGUUAGGUUUUUUUUAGGUAAAUUCUGUUUUUUCUUUAAACAACUCAUAGAACAUUGCAACUGUUAAACCGUCUUUCCCUAAAAUAACCAAAUUAUUUGAAUCAAUGAAAAAUGGCAAUUGACUUCAAAAUUCAUAUGAUGGGAUGAUCCAUAUUUCUUUUGUGCACCAUAAGAUAAUGGACUACAAUGUUUAACACCCAUGCAGUGUAUUCUAUACAUGCAAAUACAAAUAAUGUAACACCAGGCUGUUAUGCAGGUUUCAUAUUCUGUACUAUAGUUAUCUGAUCCAUCCUUUGGACAGGGGUGUUUUCCCCCGUUACAGGAAUCACAGUGAUGUAUUUUACCUUUUUGGACAAUGUAUCCCUUUCCUUACAAGAACUAGUACAUGAUUAAAGCCUUUUUUUCAUGAAAGCUGGGAAUUUUAAGUUUCACGUUCUUAACAUGACCCAUUAUAUUCUAUAUUUGUGAAUGAGGCUGGAAUAGCUCAUUGUGAAAUUUGUAUUGAUGGGAAAGGGAGGGUUGUGCUCAGAUAGUGCACGCGUGUCUGCAGUCAGGAAGGGCCUCUGAUGCAUUCUCUCGGCACGGCGCUACUGCUGGAGCCUCUGUCUCGACAGUAUGUAGCAGGGCUGUGUUUGAGUUGCCAGUAAUGAAACACAUUCCUGCACUGCACGGGCUUUUUAUAUUACGCAAGUGUUGUUUACACUUCCACCAGAUCUGAGAUUUAUGUUGUCGUUAUUUUUAGCAGUUAUCACACUAGUGCGGAAUACACAGGAUGUGUCAUAUCGGUAUACUGAGAGUCGCAGAACAUUCUGAGUCAGGGUUCCAAAGGAGAUGUACAGCACUUUGUGAGGAGUGCAGAUCUGCAAAACAAGGUGUAUGAUGUUUGGCCUUGUAUUUGUUCCCCCAGACGUAUUGAGUACUUUUUCCCAGUUCAUACACAAACGCUUACAUCAAGUGUUUUCAUUUAACCCUUGCUAACAGUUAAAAGAAGUGGUUUUGCACGUUGUGGAUCUUACCACACCCUUAGGAAGCAUGCCUCUGCAUUUUCUGUGAGAAACCAACUAGAAUUUAUGGCUGACGUACUGGCAGUACAACAGUCUUUCCUUCACAUCUCAAAACAAAAUGUGUACUUUCAAAACCACCACUAAAAAUCGAGCCAGUGUUCAGCAAUGCUUCUAUAAGGGGGGGUAUUUCUUUUUGUGCUAUGAGGAGGGCAAGGGAACCCCCAGUCCGUCUUCCUUCUGAAAGCAAAAAUAUGACUAAAUUUAAAGGCCCAAUGAGGGACAUGAAUUAUUUGAAAAGUGCCAGACGCAAAUGUUGUUUGGCAGAAAACCAAUGUGGUGUUUGGCACAAAGUGAUGUCCUUACGGUAAAUUAAUUUCUUUUCUCAGUAAACUACAGUUAAAAGAGGAAUAUAUGUUCCCAUGGAAGGUAAUAAGAAAAUCGACAAGGUGACAUGGUUUGAUAAAUCAUUUUUUGAGUCAUAGGAGAAGGAGACGUCAUACUAACUCGCUCUGGGAAAUUAGGUUUUAUGGUAAUAAAUUGUUUAAGGAUGGAGAUUAACACAUUAUAGUAUAGACA